AUGAGGAAAAAACCAGCUGCUACUAAACUUGUACUUGGACAGGAUUUAGUGCGAUUAAGUUCACAUGACUCCCCUGGUACCUCGCUUGUUUCUAAUAAUUCAAAGCCAGUAAAUUCGGAAUCUACUACAGCUGGUCCACAGGUUGAUGGUGCUGUCGAUCAGCCAAUUUUCUCCACAGACGCGACAGGCAACACUGUUUUAUUGGAUGGAACUCCCGUCGUUCAGCCCGCUGGCGUCGAAGAUUCGCAGGGGUGUUCUGUACAGUUUGAUUUACAGGACGGUGCGCUGCCUAGAAGGUCGUCCACCAGCACCCCGUUUCAGCCUGGCGGCGUGGAUACUAUUUUCGAGCGCAUUAAGUCGAUAAACGAUCAGUUGAAAAAGCGUGCCGAGAUCAAGCGCAAUAAACUGUCAGUUGCUUCUCGGCUCCUAAAUGUCCCUGCCUCUGCACCAAAGCAGACCGGCAAAACACCUGCUCAGUCACAGCAGAAAACGCCUAUUUCAAAUGUUCUGGCGUGUCAAAUCUUCCCUAAAGAGUCCACGACAAAGUCUCAGACUGAGCCAGUAAAAGCGUCCGAGGUCGUCAAAUCACCAAAUGUAACAUUUUCUUGCAACUCCAACACCUCUGAGUGGUACCUGAAAAACGCCGACAUCGCAGACAUCCUCAGCCAGAUUUCAAGUAUUCAGCCUGCAAAUAUUCGUCCUGUCAUUCAAUCUCUUCGUUUCUGUGUCGAGACCUUCAGCUGUGACAUCAAACGCGUGGAAGCAAAUCUAGCUAAGGCACGAACAGCCGAGGAAAUACAGGCAGUUGUGAGUUCGUUCCAGAGUAUUUACCGGUUCCAUCUUUUGGGUCGGAUCGCCAAUGUUGUUGCUCGGGUUGAAGAUGACAACAAGAAAAAGGUUUCCAUCCCAUCCAAUGUUGCCUUGUGCCGAGAUACUGUGCCAUCAACACAAAAAGUCACUGAUACAAUUGACUUGACUGAUGACGUCGAAGCUCCCAAGCAGCCUCCCAAUGGGCACACAGGUCCCCAACCGCAUCUGACAGUUUCUGUCCCCGUCACUACUGCUAAGCGAAGACGUUUAAGUGGUAGUCAUUCUGUUUCUUCGACCUCAUCUGCGUCCUCCAAAAGGAAGCGACGAAGUCUUGUCACACCUUCUUUGGAUGGCGAUAAUGUCGGUUCUGCGGCUGCAUCUUACUCCUCAGCAUCGAUGGAUGCGGGGGAAGCGAGGAACAACGGUGCUCGUGGCGCUGCACCAGACUCUGUAGUCUCCAACACCAACGCGUUAUACAGGGCGGGGUCCAUGGGGACCCUUUGCGGAGGCCCCAACUCACAUUCUCAUUCGCUUACUACAGAUCCUCAUUUGGAAGUCAACAACGACUUCCAGUCACCACUUCCGUCCAAUAGCAAGAAUCCCAUUAAUGGCAUUCGCGCUGUUGGAGAUUCCCACCAAAAUAGGCCCCAAAGCCAAAGUAUUGUCGUUUCGUUUAUCUUUUAUGAGGAAUCGCCUUCCAUGCUCUAUAGUGGCACCAUUGACAGCGUAUAUAGUGGUAGGGAAGAGGUCUUCUGCAUUAACAUGCCCUAUCAUUGUAGUGUCGCCGAUUCUGUGGAAAGUGUUCAGACAUUAAGUUCCCGGUCUCGUCCUCGUCGUGCCGCUUCCCGCUCAACCGGUGCUACGUUUGUUGGUGAGGAAAUCAGCAUCGAAUCGUCUGCAUCCUCUACAGAAAGCAAUUCAACAAAGCCUGUUAUCCGACGCCGAAGGAUUGCCUAUUCAAGUUCAAGCGAGGAGACCGUAGCUAGGGAGAAUGGAGGUGGAUUAUCUAAGGCAUCUAGUGGAACAGAUGAGGAGGUGAAGCUAAGGAGUCGACAACGCCGAAAUCUUAGGUCCCGUGUACGUCGACCUCGGCGAAAGUCGUCAAGUACCUUCAAUAGCAGUAGCAGCUCCUUGAACAGCACUACUUCUGAAGAGGAGGAAAGCAAGCUGCGAACGAGGAAAGUCGACAAAAAAAAGGUUCUAGAGUCUCCUAAGCAAUCCAAUGACAGUAAUGAGGGAGCAGAAGGAAGUGUUGACGGAGAUGAGAGGGAUGGCAAAAAAGGACGAAAAAAAAUUCGCAAAAUUCUCAAAGAUAAAAAGCUCUCUUCUGAAACCAAAACUGCCGAGGCCCUUGAACGUGAACGAAGGAAACGUCUCGAAGAAAGGCAAAAGCUGUACAACAGCGUACUAGAGGGUUCUGUUGAGAAAUCAGCCUCGAAAAACACACGUCUCGUGCUUGAUUUCAAGAAAGACUCCGAUGAGGCCCUCGUAGAAGUGCAUCCCGAUCUGGUCAAACACUUGAAGCCCCAUCAGAUUCAGGCCGUGCGUUUUCUCUACGACAACAUAAUCGAGUCUGUAGACGAACACAGGAAAAACCAUGGUAGACUCAGCGGUGCCAUCCUCGCCCACUGCAUGGGGCUGGGUAAGUCGCUCUCCACCAUCGCAUUCAUUCACACCCUCCUGACAUGCAAAGAGGAAGACCUAGGAAUCAAGACUUGUCUCGUUGUCUGUCCGGUAAAUACCCUCCUCAAUUGGCAUCGUGAGUGGCGACACUGGAUGCCCGAAGACGCAGAAAUCAAUCUUUUCGAACUCGCUACGGCUGCCGCGAACAACUUUCGGGUUGACGUAAUUCGACGGUGGCAUUCCGAAGGCGGAGUACUUUUGAUCGGCUACGAUAUGUAUCGCAAUCUAACUACCUCGUUACUCAAGAAAACGCGUAAGCAGGUCUUCAAGAAACUCAUUCCUGCUGCUCUUAUCGAUCCAGGCCCGGAUAUUGUGGUCUGUGAUGAAGGCCACUUGCUUAAAAAUUGUAAAACGGGUGUAACAAAGGCCAUAAAUAGCCUCAAGACGCCUAAACGUAUUAUCCUGACCGGGACUCCACUGCAGAACAACCUUACUGAGUACUGGACAAUGGUCAACUUUGUAAAGCCAAAUUUACUGGGAUCUGCCAGGGAAUUCGCUAAUCGCUUCGUUAACCCGAUCAAAAACGGUCAACAUUCAAACUCCACCCAGCGUGACGUCCAACUUAUGAAGAAACGCGCCCAUGUUCUUUUCAAAACUCUAGAUGGAUGUGUACAGCGAAGGGAUUAUAGCUGCUUGACCCAGUAUCUUCCGCCUCGACUGGAAUAUGUGUUGAAAAUUCGUCUUUCGGAUGUCCAGUGCGAAUUAUACCGGGCUUUUCUUCAGCAACGUAAAGAACGGAAUGUGUCUGCCAGUGGCGACGACCAACGUAACACUCUUUUCCGCGACCAACAAACCCUCUACCGGGUUUGGACUCAUCCCUACACACUUCGAAUGCACGAAACCCGAGAAGCCAAGCGAGUUAGUGAUGCUCCCAAAUUUAACCCUAGUUUUAAUGUGUCGAUACUUAUGCUCCUAUUGCGGGAGUCAUCAAGCGAAGAAGAUGAGGAGAAAGAAAUGGAGGUUGACGAUGGCGAAGACGGUGGUAGCUUGACCAGUGUUCCCCGGUCCGAUUCUGAAUUAAACGACUCUGCUGACUCAAAGUCAGCGUCUUCUUCCGAUUCCGAUGUCAAGACCAAAGUCUCGACCAAUUCCUCUCGUUUAACACGUGCGUCAUUUCGUCAAAUGCGGAAGGAUUCUGGCGUCAUCGACUUGCUCUCUGAUAACGAAGGCAUCAACCGAGAUCCUUUGACACCAAAAAAAACACCGGUGGGAGAAGAUGGCCAGCUUAAUGGUAACGUCGACAAUGGAAAUGAAAAUGACGGCAACAAACCCUGGUGGUAUUCUCUUUAUCAGGAUGAAUACGAUCUCCGGAUAGAUGUAGGCGCUAAACUGAGCGCUCUAUUCUUCAUCAUCAAGAAGUGCACCGAGAUCGGUGAUAAGGUCCUCAUCUUUUCUCAGAGUCUGUUCUCACUAGAUCUCAUCGAAUGGUUUUUGGCCGCCAUUGAUAGACAGUGGUGCAUGUCGCAGGGCAUAGAAAUGGACUCAAGUUCGAAGCAGGCGCAGGAAUUCGAAAAGCUUCUGCAAUCAGAAACCUUUAAAAUGCCUUCCCUAGUCGAAUACUUCUCUGAUAUGGACCGCAAUACUUGGCGUCGUGGAAAAGACUAUGAAAGGAUCGAUGGCAGCCUUUCAGCGGUCCAGCGCAACUCCUUGCAGACUCGCUUCAACAGUCCAAGUCAGCGCUUCCGCCUGUUGAUCAUUUCCACCAAAGCGGGUGGCCUGGGUGUCAAUUUGACCGCAGCUAAUCGGUUGGUUAUAUUCGAUGUCUCAUGGAAUCCCAGCCACGAUUUGCAGUCCAUAUUCAGAAGCUACCGAUUCGGCCAGACUAAACCUGUGUACAUAUACCGCAUGGUCGCGCAGGGUACAAUGGAGGAGAAGAUGUAUGAUCGGCAGGUUACAAAGCAAUCAUUGGCCCUGCGUGUUGUCGACGAACAGCAGGUCGACCGCCACUUUAAAGAAGAGGAUCUACGGGAGCUCUACACCUUUGAACCGGAUAUUCAGGAUGCUGAGUCGGCCAAUAGGAAGCCCCCACCAGCCCUCCCUAAAGACCGCCUCCUCGCCGAUCUCCUAUCGGAGCGGCCUAAUCUGUUAGUCAGCUACCACGACCACGAUUCCCUGUUGGAGAACCGCCUCGAUGAGGGCCUAUCCGAAGCAGAGCGUGCUGAAGCCUGGAGAGAAUACGAAGAAGAGAAGAGGGUGGGUCGCCCGAUGACCGAGUAUCAGAGACUUCUCUUAAACAAUCCUGAAGCCGCCGCAGCGCUUAUGGUUCAGCGCCAACAGAUGGAGGAAGAACAACGACGCCGCAUGGCGGCGAUGGCUUCCGCUUACGCUGCCGCCACUUCGAACAACCGCUUGCUUUACUCGUCAGUAAACCCAACCCCACUAGAGCAAGUUGAUUCGAGCCUGAGUCAUCGCCGUUUGCGCCUAGGGGUCCGCCUUCCGCCGGGUUGGAGCGACGAGUCAUGUUUGUACCUAUUUCGAUUUUUAGACGUCUUUUCUGAGUCCUUCAACGCCAUGCGUAAUAUGCUGUUGGCGCGAUACCCAAUGCUGGCGCACUCUCCAGGCGCCCUUCAUGACAUGACAUUGCGCCUCUUUGUCAACAGUGUGGCCGGUCAAAUGGGUGCACAGAAUUCCAUUCCACUCCUAACUCCUGCGGCGCCAACGGACUCCUCUUCGAUGCCUUCAUCCUCAGCAACAAAUAUCACUUCAAAUCCCUCGGAUCCCGUAGGUUCCUCUUUAACCAACGACUCUGUGGUCGACGUUGAUGAUGAAUCAACUGAAAACCCUUAA